GGGGAAACUUUUUAGCUUUUUCUAGAAACGUUUUUCUCUUGUCACCUUUAAACACCAUGAAGUGGGUCCCAACCCCAGAAGGGGUGCAAAAGGGGAGGCACUGGCCCUGGGUUCCUCCUCUUCCUUCUUGGACAGACGGGGCUGAGUGUUCUUUCAGGAAGUGGCUACCACAAAAAAUCCCCGUUUUCUCUGAGGUCGUGCAGCUUUCUACACUGGGAAUCACAGGGUGACACUGGUUACAGCCGGCACAGAAGGGGCCCUAGGUCUGAAGACUUAGGGGCCUGGGAGAACGUGAAGUGAGACACUUUGCUUGAUUCACUUCUGUUAGAUGCUGGAUAUUGGGAGUUCUUUCUAGGAUUCUUGGAGAAACGCCUGCUGCUCUUCCACAUACUUUUUUCCUGGAAAAGAGAACCCAUUUUUCCACUGGCAGGAAAGACCUCCACUGGUAAUGUAAGAAAUCAGAAGAAUUGGGUUGGAAGCCAGACUUCACCAUUAACCAGCAACACCGGGAGGAAGUGUGGGGAGCCCGUCACAAUCUUUAGAUUUGCAACCCUCCCGGAGACUUUACGUCUGCAAGAAGAAUUCUAAGCCACUUGCUAUGAUAGUAGUGUCUUCGCUGUGUGCCUUUGUCCCCUGCCAGGCUGCCUGCUCUGCAGAGCUCCUAUCAGACACCACUGUGCAGGUCAGGAGCCAAGUUGCCUUGAAAGAGCAUGAACUUGUCUUCUGAGCACUGCAACAUCUCAGAUUGGCUGAGGCUGGAAGCAACAGUGAAGGCCUCUGUGUACACCGUUACCUUCUUCUUUGCCACAUUUGUCACUGUCGUCAUCAUCACAAUAGUGUCACAGAAUUCGAAGCUGAAGAAAGAGGUCCGCUACAUCCUCCUGUGCCACCAUCUGCUGUGCAUCGCCUCCUACUGCGGCCUGGGGGUGGUUUUCCAAGGGAUGCGGGCUCUGCUGGCCAACAGUCCUGUGCUGAUGUGCUGGGUGGUAUUUGGGGUCCAGCUAAGUGUGGGAGAAGGGAUCCUCUUCACCCUGGCCUUGAUGGCUGUCAACACUUACCUGGCCAUUUGCUGGCCUUUGAAAUCUCGGUCCUUUGUAGAUUCAGUUAAGUAUAGGAUUCUGGCUGGGUCUUGGACAAUCAUUAUAUUCAAGAAUGUUUGCUUGUUUCUCAUAGAGGGUACUAACCCCACUCAGGGUACUGUUUUUAAAUCUGAACCCCUUUGCCCUGUGAUUUUGAAUGGCUCUGCUGCCAGAGCUAUUGGCGUGGUUUUCCUUUUCCUUCUUCUGUCCAUCAUUCUUGCAAGUUACUCUCUGAUCUACCAAGAGGGGAAACGGGCUGGCCAUUUUAAUAGAUCAAAUAUCAAAGCAAGGAAAACAGUCCUUAUUCAUUUAGUGCAGAUGGGUUUACAUGUAAUACCAACCCUGAUAUUCAUAGGUUUGGGAAAGAUGUGUGGGGUGUUUUUCUUUGCUUUAAAUUUGGUGCUUUUUGGAGUCUUUGCAUUUGCCCAGUGUUUUAACCCUCUGAUCUAUGGGCUCUGGAAUAGAGAGCUGCAGAGCAGAUUGUACCGUGGGGUGGCCUGUUGGCUCUGGUGUGGUCCUGUGACGAACAACAGAGAGCCAGUUUAACUCGAAACGCAGCCAUUUUGAAUCAGUAACUCUUCCUCUAAUGGAUCCUCAGCUAGGCUUGAGGACUUGCCUUUUACUCAACCUAAAAUGGGUGCCUUGGUUUGACGUUGAAAGCAGUCCGAACAAGUCAGAAUUAUUCAUCUGGCUUGCAAGCUUUGCUGCUAUGUACACUGAAUUGGUCUCUGUGAAAUCUGUUUUAUGUCUUUAAUUCUAAACCCAGAUCAACAUUUUUAGCAGCAUGUCCUACUGUGUUUCAGUAAUGAGGCAGCUUUUGAGAAUGCACUUAUUUUAAAAAACUGAGAAACAGUCCCUGGUUGAUAUGAAGAGAAGAAGUUUGGCUGUUCCUCUCAUAUUAAUUAGGCAUAGGCUUGGCGACAUGUAGUAACAAAACAGAAAAAAAAUAACAGUGAUUUCUUAAAGUUUGAGAUUGGUUUUUUUUUUCUGAUGUAAAAUAAGUCUGGAGGUAAACAAUCCAGUCCUAUACAGCAGCUCUGUAGGCAACAGGUUCAUUCUCUUCUAUUCUGCCAUGAUUACUAUACUACUCACGAUCCAAGAUGGCUGUUAGUGCUCCUGUCAUCACAUUCAUACUCCAGCCAACAAGAAGGAGGAAAGGGCAAAGGAGGGUUUAUACCCUCCUUCUAAAGACACUUUUCAGAAAUUACACAAAACACUUUUUCUUAUAUUUAACUGGCUAAAACUUAGUCAUAUGAUUAUACCUGGCUUUAAGGGAGAGUGGGAAUAAAUUUUAGCUGGGUAGUACUGUCCCCAGCUAAAAAUUGGGGUUCUUGAAACUAAGAAAGGAAGGAAGAAUGGAUAUUAGGAGGCAAACAUUUCAGAGGCCGUUUUCCUCUCAACCAAAUAAAGUAUAAAGAAAGACAAUGGAUGAGUUAUAAUCACAAAAAUAUACUCUGCCUCUUUCAAUGUGAUACUUGGAGUUAACUUUUCAAGAUCCCAGAACUCUUUAAUUGUAUUAUGUUAACAGUCCUCAAAGAGAAUGGCUUCAAGAAGAACAUUGAACUGGUUGAAACAUGGGAAUUAACUCAUGAUUUAAAUCUAAGCCAUUUUGAGGCAGUAGUACAAAAUAAAGUCUUUCAUAGGAAUUUACAUAUGAGAUUUCUCUAGGUGAAACAUCCAUUUCUAAGGAAGUCAGGAUUCAGUUCUAGAAACAGGAAUCAUCACUCUGGGUACUUUAGACACAUGGGAUUUCAUAUGGGACUUAGAUGCUUACACAGACACCAGCAGGGCUGGAGGAGUGGAAAUCAGGAGCCACCACUUGUUGGUGUCAAGAUCCCAUGCAGCUGGGAACUGGUGGUCCAGCAGCUACUCCCACCAUUGCCCCCUCUCCCCCACCCAUACCUCAGGCCCCUCUUAAUGUAGUAAAUUUGCAAAAGAAAGAACUGGAAGAAGGCCUCCACUUCCUUCCAUCUUCCAAAUCUCAAGUGAUUGCCUCUACCUGGUGGAACCUAUCUGGCAUCCAGACCCUAAGAGCAAAGGAGUCUGGGAAAUGUAGUUCCUAGUUUCACAGGAACAGGAAGUUAUCCUAAAGUGGGGGUGAAAUGAGGAUCGAAAGAGCCAAUCCAUGGGAUCCACCAUUAUGACAUUUGGUUUAUUUACAGGUGAUAACAACAACAGAAGCAAAAUAGUUGCUCAACACAUGAGCAACUAUUAUGCUCCUGAAACUAUGCAAGCCAUUUUAUAUGCACAAAAACAAAUCCUCACAACAGGUAUAUAAUGUAUGUAUUAUUACAAAUUAUUACAAUUGUAUCAUUACAAAUGAGAAAAGCUGAGGCUUAGAAAGGCCUUACAGGAGCUUAGGAGGACAGGACCUUCCCUUUCAGAUUUUCCGUCUACAUGACUUGCCUGAAGGUGAUCAUUUUAUCACACUUGAGAGCUGGACCAAUUCCUUAGGAAAUUUGGUCUUCAGUUUUCCACUUUGCUUUCAGUGUGGACACCUGCCUUGUGGAAAAGAGCCUCUUUUUCACCCAUUUUUUUUGAUUAUGCUCUCCCUUCCUUAGCUCCCCCUGCCCCUCGCCACCUUGUUUUCAGAUCCUAGUGGCUUUUGCAUCAUGUCUAGACUCCAUUUUGGCUCUAAGUCCUUCUUGCCUCUUCUCUGGGUGUUCAGUGUGUCUUCUCUCUUCCUGCAUCCUCAACUCUGAGAUUUCAAAGCAUGACCUUCUCUUCUGCAAUAUGCAAGUCUCUCCAGGGCAGGAGGGACUGCCAGGGCUGAUUACCUUCGUGUCCUGGCACUCAACACAUUGCCUGUAGAUGGCCGGCACUCUACAAAUGAUGUAAUGGACUCACUGGUCAGUAAGACACGUCCUUUUUACAAAUUCCCUCCCCACAAAACCCGAGCUGUCUCUUUGUUUUUGUUAAAAUAUAAAAUUAAUCUGAGAGCCAAGAGCGGAAUAAAAACUCAAAACAUCUACCAAAGUUAACUCAAUUAUAAGCCCUAGAUCUAAAAUACACAAUUCAAUUUAUCCUUAAAGCUUUUCUUUUUUUUCCUUUUUUUUUGAGAGGGGGUGUUAAUAUUUUUUUUAUUGAAAUAUAAUUAACAUACAAUGUUACAUUAUUUUUAGGUGUACAAUAUGUUGAUUUGACAAUU